ACAUUCCAAAUUGGACGACUCGUCUUAUUUGGACUUCGUCUGCAUUAUUUGUAAUCUGCAUUUAUCUUUAAUAUUAAAAAUUGUUAUAAGCUUCUAAUUUAUGUUUAUUAAUACUCAACCACUAAUUCAAUAAUUGUUCAGUGGACUUAUAAUGUAAGCUUAGUCAGUAAAUAGAUAUUGUAAUUAUAUUAUAAUCCAACAGUCAACUCAGACGUAAAAAUUCUAACCUCAACCAGCGAAAUGGCAAAACUACUACCUCUAGCUUGUAGAAAGGCUUUUAUUGAGUCUGUCUUGUUAUUUCCGCGAGGAGUGUUAGCUGUUAUUAGGCCUCCAUCGGAUUGCAUCACAGUAAGACAUAGCAGCACAAGCAACCAAAAUAAAAGUGAACCGCAAACCUCAGUGGUCUCAAAACCAUCAGGAGGUGAAGUACAAACUGCCUUCGUUAAAGUAAAAGAAACCACCAAGACUGUUACUUAUUUAGGUGUUAUCCUUGCUGGUAUUGGUCUUACUGGCUUAAUAUUCAGCACGGUUUUCAAAGAGCUUUUUUCAAAGAAAAGUCCAAAUAAUAUUUACUCUCAGGUACUGGAAAGAUGUCGGAAUGAUCCCAGAUUGCAAUAUGAAUUGGGUUCGCCAAUUAAGGGAUAUGGCGAAGAAACCAGACGUGGAAGGAGGCGCCAUGUCAGUCAUGUUAUUUAUGAGAAAGAUGGCGUGGAACAUUUGCGAAUGAAGUUUUAUAUUGAAGGACUUCGCAAAAAAGCAACUGUUCAUCUGGAAAUGAUUGAGGAUGGGAAUGGAGAAUAUAUUUUUCGAUAUUUGUUUGUAGAACUUGAUGAUUUCGGUAGAUCUGCUAUUGUUCUUGAAGAUAAUAGAUACGGACAUGUCGAUACCCCAAAAGGAAAACGAAUCGAAGACAUCGGCUUCUCAAAAGAACUAGAAGAAGGGGUAAUCUAGUAAUGUGAUGGAAUUUGUAGUCAUAUCCGGAAGUAGAAUAAUACGUUCAAUAGACUGAACAAUUCAAUCGAAAUAGAAUAUUACACUUUUGAAAUGUAUAUAAUCUCUUUUUAAAUUAGGAACUAUAGAGGCUAAAUAUUUAAGAUCAUUGUGUUCAUAUAUAAAAUCCUGUUUCGUGAUAUUGGGAUACUACUAAUCAAGUACCAUGUAAUCAGAAUAAUAAUGAGUGGCAGAAGUAUUGUUUUUACCUCGUUAUUACGAUCGACUGAUGAUUUAAUUUUGCUCAAGUCUUAUUUUCAUUAGUCAUGUUGGAUAUUGUUAGAAAGAAAUAAAAAUCUAUGUACCCUUACCCUAUAGAUUUUGGAUUUUUAUUUCUUUCUAUUUAAGACUAGCCACAACAAAAAAAAAGUUAUUGUUGUAUGCAAUCUACCAUCUUAUAGUCAUACUAAGAUUUAUUGUCACAUUUAAGAAUGUACCUAUUUGUUGUAACUGUUGCAAAUUUAUUAAAUGAAAUCUCUUGUUGAAAUUUUA